AUUAACAACCAGGAUGUUAGCAGGUCGCGCUGCGAAGCUCGUUGUGCGCAGGCGCGCAGUUCUGCCUCCAACAACAAGAAGCAGGAGCCAGGCAACAUGGCCGACCUGGGGAAGAAGUACUGCGUUAACUGCCUAGCAGAUGUUACAAACCUGCGGCUUCGCUGCACCGAUUGCCCCGAUAUCGAGCUGUGUCCGGAGUGUUUCUCGGCGGGCGCAGAAAUCGGUAAUCACCGGAGAUGGCACGGCUACCAGCAGGUCGACGGCGGCCGGUUCUCCCUCUGGGGUCCCGAGGCAGCGGGAGGAUGGACCAGCAGGGAAGAGCAGUCGCUGCUCGAUGCUAUCGAGCAAUAUGGAUUUGGAAACUGGGAGGACAUGGCCGCUCACGUUGGAGCAUCCCGAACUCCUCAGGAAGUCAUGGAGCACUACGUCACCAUGUACAUCCACGGAAACCUGGGUAAAGCCUGCAUCCCUGACAGCAUUCCCAACCGAGUGACGGACCACACCUGCCCAAGCGGAGGACCCCUGUCGCCGAGCCUCACCACCCCGCUCCCUCCGCUGGAUAUCAGCCUGGCCGAGCAGCAGCAGCUGGGCUACAUGCCGCUACGUGACGACUAUGAGAUUGAAUAUGACCAGGACGCAGAGAAGCUCAUCAGCGGGCUGUCUGUGAACUACGACGACGAGGAUGUGGAAAUUGAAAUGAAACGUGCCCACGUGGACAUGUAUGUGCGGAAGCUCAGAGAGCGCCAGCGACGUAAGAACAUCGCCCGAGACUACAACCUGGUGCCUGCGUUCCUGGGCCGAGACAAGAAGGAGAAGGAGAAGCCAGGAGCGCUGGGAGUCAUAGGCACUGCUGGUGGUGUGGGGGGGGCAGGAGCUGGCGGUGGCACAAUUGGAUCAGGUUCUACAACAGCAGCAGGAUCAGGUCCUGUUCCCAGUACACCCAAAAGAAAGAUCACCAAGGAAGAGAAGGAGCAACGGGUCAGACUGCGGGGGCUCUGCCAGUUCAUGGCCCAUCGUGAGUUUGAAGACUUCUUUGAGAACAUGCAUAAAGAGCGCGUGCUGAGGGCCAAGGUGCGUGAGCUGCAACGCUUCCGCCGCAACGGCAUCACCCGCUUGGAGGAGUCUACUGAAUAUGAAUCAGCACGCCACAAACGGGAGAAACGCAAGGAGAACAAAAGUGUGGUCACCUCCAAACGGGGUAGUGCAGGAGGAGGUGGGCUCGGCUCUGGGAUGGGACUCGGGGGUGGAGCUGGAGGGGGGGGAGGCCUUGCUGGAGGGUUGGGGGUUGGAGGUGGGGUCAAAGAAGAGGGCAAAGAUGGUGAGUUUGCCGCCAUCGAGAAUCUGGCGGGCUUUGAGCUGCUGUCAGACAGGGAGAAGGUGCUGUGUAACUCUCUGAACCUCAGCCCAGCACGAUACCUGACUGUCAAAACCAUCAUCAUCAAAGACAACCUGCAGAAAAGGCAAGGCAUCCCGGCCAAGAGCCGGCUGCCCAGCUACCUGGACAAGGUCCUCAAGAAGCGCAUCCUCACCUUCCUCACGGAAAGUGGCUGGAUAUCCCGAGACGCCUCCUAGCGACCCGUCUCUGAACAGGAAGUCAUACGUUGAUGAUUGCCGAAAGCUGAUUUGCCAUAAACUCUGUGGGCGGGACAAAACUACUGGCUUUCUUCAAAGGUGUAUAUAUGUACAUUACAAAGAAAGAGGAUACACUUUUUUUUAUUUUCAUACCAGGGCUAGGAACAACAAUUAGCCUAUAUUUUUACAUUUGGAAAUUAACUCUGUGGGUUCAAAGUACCCACAGUGCCCGUGUUGUUACUACAUAAAUGAGAACUACAAUGCUAAUACGUAUUGCAUAGUUGCGGAGAUAUUUUGGUGUUAAUGCAACAGGUUCAUUGAAGAUUUUACAUCCAAACACCGACUGUGCAAAAGCCACUUGCAUCUGAAAGGAAGGGGAAAUGACAAUUAAUAAUUAUGUUUCCUGGAAAUGUUUAAAAGUAGUAUUUUUUGGGGUGAAUGUUCUGCAGCAUGGCACUGAUGGGAGACAGAAAUGAUCACUGUUGGAUCUCUCAAAUUCUAAUUUGAUCAACCAUGUCAGCUGUUUCAUCAGUUCAAGCUGGACUGCUAGCUCUUCACAUCUUCUAACAUAUUCAAAAUUUUUCUCCUCCAUCUUCAAUCAACUCAUUUUCUCUGACUUUUUUACCUCUUACUGCAAGUGAAGGAAAAGAAAAAGCAUCAGGGUUCAACAUUCAACUAGCUCUCUCUGGA